AUGUCUCGGAAGGUUUUAGUAGUUAUUCUCGACGGGAAGGUAAUCGAUUGUACAAGUAUAGUUAAGAAUUGCCCGUUGGAAAUCACGGAUUUGGUUUUGACCGCGGAUUUGAUUGUCUUUCAUAUGAUGGAAUUCGAUCUAAUCUUAGGAAUGGACUGGUUGUCUAGGCAUUACGCCCAAAUAGACUGUCGAAGGCGAGAGGUAGUGUUCAAUCUACCUGCACAUGAACAAAUUUGUUAUAUAGGUGAGUUUGUUCGGCUUGAUCUCUUUACGGUAAAGGCCAAACAAGUCAAUAAGAGUUUGGUGAACGGGGACAAUGUCUAUCUAGUAAUGAUAAGGGACGUAACGGUAGGACCUAAAGGAAUCCAAGAAAUCCCUGUGAUUGAGGAUUUUCCUAAGGUUUUCACUAAUGAACUACCCGAAUUACCCCCAAAUCGAGAGACAGAAUUUGUAAUUGAGCUUGAACCGGCCACAGCCCAGUGCAUGAGGCACCCUAUCAGAUCGCCCCAGCAUAAUUAA